UCCUGCGAGCGCCUCGGGGAAGUAAGUGCCGCAGCUUAAGCGGCUUGUCUUUUUGCUUUGGCCGAAGGAGCGCUCGGGUGCCAAGGAGCGCGCUCCCUGGAGAAAGGCGCCGGACUGUCUCUAGACAGGUGAAGCUUCCCAACAGGAUGACACCCGCCAUCUCUGCCCCUGGAGCGUCGCUUUGGCUCCUUUUUCUCAUGCCCUUUGCCGCGGUGCCUUCCAAAUUAAACAUCCCUAAAGUGCUGUUACCAUUCGCUCGGAGCACAAGGAUUAAUUUCACCCUGGAGGCAAGCGAAGGCUGCUACCGUUGGUCUUCCAGCAGACCAGAAGUUGCUAGCAUAGAAGCUAUAGAACAAGAUAACCAUCACUGUUCACAGAAAGCUAUUAUUCAAGCCAGAUCAACACAAAUAGCACGGCUUACAAGUAUUAUUUUGGCUGAAGAUGUUUUGACAGGCCAGGUGCUUCGCUGUGAUGCUAUAGUUGAUGUUAUUCAUACUAUUCACAUAGUAUCUACAACAAAGGAACUGUAUCUUGAGGAUUCACCGCUGCAGUUGAAAAUUCAAGCCCUAGAUUCUGAAGGAAAUACUUUUAGCACUUUGGCAGGACUUACUUUUGAGUGGACUGUGGUGAAAAGCUCUGAAACUAAUGGAUUCUCAGAUUUCCAUAAUGCACUGCGCAUUCUGAAAUUUUCUGAAUCAACAUAUAUACCUCCUUCAUAUAUAUUAGAGAUGGAAAAAACUGCAAAACAAGGAGAUAUUGUCUUAGUAUCUGGUAUGAAAACAGGGAGUUCAAAACUCAAAGCAAGUCUACAGGAAACUGGGUAUAAGAAUGUGCCUGCAGCUGAAGUCAGAUUGUUUAUUUUGGAAAACAUCAUUUUAAAUCCUGCUUAUGAUAUCUACCUACUGAUAGGAAUGUCAGUACAAUAUAAAGUCAUGAAAAUUAGGCGAGGGAAAAUUACAGAACUAAUCUUGCCUUCAGAUCAGUAUGAGCUACAACUUCAGAACAGCACACUCAGCCCUGGAGGAGAUACAGCCUGGCCAGUUGCCAGAUUGGAUCAGACAACAUGCACAGUUACUGCAUUGCAGCGGGGACAGGCCAAUCUCAUACUCUCCCACAAAAAUAUCCUUUUUGUCGUAUCUAUGCAAGGAGCUUCCAAAUUACCAAAUGGCACCAUUUUUGUUGUGGACCCAGGGUACUUAGGAUUUUCAAUUCAUCCUGGUGAGAGAUGGGUGCUGGAAACUGAGAGGUUCUAUGAAAUCACUGUUCAAGUGUAUGAUAAAUCAAGCAAUAAGGUGCAUUUAUCUGAGAACAUCAGAAUUGAUAUGUACUUGUCAAAAGAAUAUUUCAAAGUUGUGCAGUCCUCUCUGAAUGGUUCGUAUUACUACGUAAAAGCAAUAAAAGAAGGACAUACUGUUCUUAGCGCUACACUAACAUCCAUUGUAGAUCAGGAUGGAGGUGUUCACACAUUUUCUGUUCCUGCACAAAACCAGCAAGAAGUAGAUAUCUAUGCUCCGAUUGUUCUUCAACCAAGCAUUUUGACCUUUCCAUGGCAGGCAAAAGCAGGAGCCUAUCAGUACAGAAUCCUGGCUUAUGGUGGAAGUGGAAAUUUUACUUGGUCUUCAUCUCAGCAAAAUGUUGCUUCAGUUACAAUUAAGGGUGUAAUGACAACUGGGAAUGAGAUUGGUGACAGUGUCAUUCAUGCCAAAGAUGUUCAGAAUCCAUUACACCAUGGGGAAAUGAAGAUCUAUGUGAUAGAACCCAGUAAUAUGGAAUUCAUGCCUUGUCCAGUUGAAGCACAUGUGGGUGAGAUACUGGACUUGCCUCUGAGGAUUACUGGUGUAAUGAAUAAGGAAGCCAAUGACAUAGUCACUCUAAGCGAUUGCUCACAUUUUGAUUUAGUUGUCAACAUUGAAAACCAUGGUGUGUUUAGUCCAUUUCAAGGGAGACUUAACCCGACUCCUGAACACUGCAGUGGGAUCAGAGUUAAAGCUGAAACCCAAGGGUAUUCAACCGUUGUUGUUAGUUAUACACGUGAUCACAUUCACCUCAGUGCCAGUAUCACCAUAGCAGCCUAUCUACCAAUAAAAAUUAUUGAUCCCAUUUCUGCUGCUUUAGUAACUUUAGGUUCUUCUAAAGUUAUCCUCUUUGAAGGUGGACCCAAACCAUGGAUUCAAGAGCCAUCCAAGUUCUUCAGAGAUAUCAAUACAAAACAUCCAGAGAAUGUUGGUUUACAUUUACUAGGGCCACCUACAUCUAGGAAUUCUUUCCAGCAUUGGGCUAGAGCAACUUGCAGAGCCCUAGGGGAUCAAGUAAUUUCAUUAACAGUUGGCAACAAGCCCACUGUAACCAACCCCUUUCCAGCUGUUGAGUCAGCUGACAUGACUUUGAUUUGUGCCACUCCUUCUUGGUUCACCGUGGCAUCUUUAUCUGCAGAUCCUGAGCUGGAAGUUUCCUGUCCCUUUCUUCACCAGGACAAACAAGGGGUUCCUGUUUCAAUUUCCCGCAAUCCAGUAUUGGGGCUAGAAGUUUAUGAUCAUCAGGGGCAUAAAUUUGACAAUUUUAGUUCUCUUGCUAUUACCUGGGAAUCAACAGAACAUUCACUAGCUAGCAUAGAGCCCAGUAUGCCCAUGGAACUGUCUAUGAAAGAUCAUGGAAACAGCCAGAAGAAAAUGCAAGGUCUGCAAACUGUUUUAGUUCAUCAUAAACCAGGAACAACAAUAAUAUCUGCUACUGCUGUUGGCUAUCAGCACGUUCAUUUGAUCACCAGUGAAGUACAGAAACCGUAUGAAGCUCUUUUACCUGUAAAUGCAAGUACCAAACUAAUACUUGUGGAAGAUGUUAAAAUGAGUCCUAAAGAAGUGACUAUUUAUAAUCACCAGGCAGUUAAGGCUGAACUGCUCAUUAACGGGGGCUCUGGAUAUUUUUUUAUUAAUACCAGUGUUGUUGACAUUGUUAAAGUGGUAUAUGAAGAAGGUAAAGGCAUUGCUCUGAUAUAUCCCUUAUAUCCAGGGUCAGUGUCUGUAAUGAUUCAUGACUUGUGUCUUGCAUCUACCACCAUUGCUAAAACUGAGGUGUAUGUUUCCGAUAUACAAGAAGUAUAUGUUGGAAUUGUUGAUAAGGUAGAAAUUGGCAAAAACGUUAAAGCAUAUGUCAGAGUGCUGGAUGCUUCAAAGAAAUACUUCCACAGUAAAAACUUCAAAUUCAUGGACUUAACUCUAAAGGCAGCAUCUCAGAUUAUCUCCUUAAAAGCCCUUGGUGAAACUUCUGAUGAAUACACAGCUGUUUUUCUAGUGCAUGGCAUGGCCAUAGGUCAAACCAGUGUUACAGGAGUUGUCACUGACAGAUAUCGUGAAAAGAUCUAUUCAACUCCACAACAGAUUGAAGUAUUUCCUCCUUUUAAAUUGAUACCACAAAAAGUCACUUUACUCAUAGGUGCAGUGAUUCAAAUUACUUCUGAGGGAGGACCACAGCCUCAGUUCAACAUAAUAUUUUCCAUCCACGAUCCCAGUAUUGCUUCCGUAAACAACAGUGGCUUUGUAAGAGGCAUAUCAGUGGGCAACAGUACCAUAAUGGGAACGGUUCAAGCAGUUCAUGCGGACACUGGCAAAGUUGUGAUUGCAUCCCAGGAUAAAGUUGAAAUUGAGGUAAUUCAGCUUGAAGCUGUCAGAAUCCAUGCACCUAUUACCCGAAUGAAAACUGGAACUCAGAUGCCAGUAUACGUGAUGGGCAUUGCUAGCAAUCAGACCCCUUUUUCAUUUGGAAAUGCAGUGCCAGGCUUAACAUUUUAUUGGUCUGUCACUAAGAGAGAUAUCUUGGAUGUCAAGUCAAGAUUCAGUGAGGCUUCCCUUCAGCUUUCAGUGGAAAAUAAUUUUGCUAUGAAUAUUUGUGGUAAAGGGAAAGGAAAAACAGGGUUGAAGGUUGUUGUGAAAGUCCUUGAACCUUCAGCUGGACAGUUCCGUCACAUGGCAAAAGAGUUGACAGAUGAAAUCCAAAUACAGGUAUUUGAGAAACUAGUUAUUCUAGGAAUAGAAGUAGGGCAGAUCUUAAUGUCAACAAACUCCUUUUUUAAAAUUCAGACAAACAGGGAUGGAGCUGCUUCUCUAACUUACCGUGUACUGGAUAGUCAAGGCAAAGUUCCUGUGGUAGAAAUUGAUGAAAGUGGUCAUCUUAGUUCUCAUUCUCAGAUUGGACUAUCAACAAUAGAAAUAAUUUCCCAAGAAUCAUUUGGAAUAAACCAGACCCUUGUUGUUGCUGUCAAGGUAGCUCCUGUUUCCUACCUGAGAAUAUCCAUGAACCCAAUUUUCCACAAACAAAACCAUGAAGCUUUACUGGCAUUACCAUUGGGCAUCACCUUGAGUUUGACCAUCCACUUCCACGACAAUUAUGGAGAUACUUUCCACUCUCAAAGUUCCAUGCUUCACUUUGCAGUCAACAGAGAUGAUUUUUUACAAGUUGGGAAAGGGACCUCUAACAACACUUUGGUACUUCGAACAAUGAAUGUUGGACUAAGUUUGCUUAAGGUUUGGGAUGCGGAACACAACAGUAUCGCAGACUAUGUGCCUCUUCCUGUCCAACAUGCCAUCUCCCCUGAGCUCACUGAUAUUAUCGUAGGUGAUGUCAUGUGUUUAACUUCCUCACUGGUACACCAAGAUGGUUUGUCAGGAAUAUGGAGUUCUUCUUCCAACAAUAUUCUUCAGAUUGAUUCAAAAGCAGGAGUAGCUGUAGCAAGGAACUCCGGAAAUGUUAUAAUAUAUUAUGAGAUACCUGGAUUGUGUAAGACAUACAGGGAGGUACUAAUUAAUGAACCUAAAAGGAUUGUGGCAACACAUGUAAGUGGAAUGAAAACAAAUCUUCAGGAUACUUCAAAAGUUAUACUUCAAAUUGGACACAGAAGUAAAAAUUUGAAAGGAGAAUGCUCAACUGCCCAAAAUGAAGUAAUUGAGAAAAUCAAGCCCCAGUCUGUUAUCAGCUGUCAGCUUAAUUUCAAAAACAAUGUAUUUGACUUCCAAGCUUCUGAAAUUGUUGCAGCUGAACCCAUGUUUGAUAUAGCUUCAGGACAGUAUACUUGUUCCAUCAGAAUGCUCAGACUAGCUGACAAGCAACUAAAACAAGUCACUAUGAGCAAAACCGCCAUCACCAUCACACCUUCACUCCAAGGGAGCCAUUCCUUAGAGCGGAUUAGCACUGAAGUGCCACUUAACCCAGGACUCUAUGCUAAUCAGACUGAACUUACCCUAACUAAUCAUUACACAAGUUCUGAUGUGAAGAUCUUUGGAGCCAUUGAAGUUCUUGAAAAUCUUGAAGUGAGAUCCAGCUCACCUGUGGUGGUGGCUUUUGAGAAAAACAGAUCCUAUGGCUUACCCAGUUACGUAACCUACACUGUGAGUUUAUCAGACCCAGAACUUGCAAGUAAAGCAAAUUCAGUUACUACACUUACUAUAUCCAGCACAGUGACAGACCAGUCUAUCACUAUCCCAGUGACAAUCACUUACCUAUCUGACAGAACGCUAUCGGUGAGAUAUAAUCCAAGUUUAUUCCAACACUUCCUUGAUUCCUAUCAAGUUAUGUUUUUUACAUUUUUUGCGCUUUUGGCAGGAAUGGCUGUUAUGAUCAUAGUGCACUAUGCUGUUUUCUCACCAAAAGAACAGCAAAUGCAUCCAGCUUUUAUCACAAGGACCAGUCCUCAUCACAGACAAUAUACCGGAGUUCCUGUUACUCCGACAACUUCCUUCAGCCCUACAUCUUCAAGCCAACAAAGCGGUUCUCCCAACAGGCUGUGGAGUCCUCCGUAUGCUUCACAAUGAAAAACUCUUUUGACACAAAAUGUCUUGUUUUGAUUUUAAGUAAGAUGGACAUUUUAAGUAUAAUAUUUAUAUACACCAUAGAUGGUUGUAACACCUUGGUUUAUAAAAACUUCCUUUAGGAUUCAUGAUGGAAUUAAUAGGGAGGGGGGAAAUUCACUCAGUACCUGUGCUCUGCUUGCUUGCUUGCCUGCUUCAGUCUAUUUCAGCUAGGAUUUCAAAUUGCUAUACAUGUGUAGCAUCUGUUUGCUUCCUGUGGAAAUACUGAUUUUAUCAUUUGAUAAGAGGGCUUGAUAUCAGAGCCAUAAUGAAUGUAUAAGGCCCAAUGAAAGGAAAAAUUGUGUUAGUUUGAAUUCAGAUUGUAUUACUUUAUUUUGAGGCUCAGGAAUGAAAUGUUCUGCACUGAUACUUUUUUUUUUUUUUUUGCACUAUUAGCAUCCCAGGCAUUUGAACUUGCUGGCUUAGGAAGUAGUUAAAGUACUGCUUUUACAUAUUUAUAUAUGUAACGAAGGAAGAAUAGGUACUUACGUAGGAAGAGAGAGAAAGAGAGAAGAUAGGAUUUUUAUUUACCAUGAAAUUAUUAAUAUAGUUUCAUUCAGUUGAUACUGCACAAUUUUUUUCCA